CCUGUUUGACUGACAGCGCGAGGAGUCGAAGUACUCGCAUCAGUUGUUGGAACAAACACCAGAGUGUUCCUCUCAGUAUUCUGUCAGUCAGAGCCGACGACAGCAGAGAUAUGCAUCCAUUAGCUGGAGGAGGAGUUGAGGACGAAGACGACAAGCGACGUCGUCAGAGGAAGCUUGAAGAAGCUCUCGAAAUCAAGUCCCUCAGGCGCAUCAUCAGCGCCUACCUCAAUUACCCGGAGGCGUCAGAAGAGGACGUGAGGCGGUAUGAAAGAUCUUUUAGAUUGCUUCCACCUGCCCAUAAGGCUCUCUUAUCCCACUACCCAUUGAAGUUUCAAAGACUAAGACGGUGCAUCUCCGCAAAUUCAUAUUUCAUUUUUAACAUGCUUCAGGCAUUUGAACCUCCACUUGGUUUGAGCCAGGACAUAGAUGUCUGUGAUGGACCACAUCUUGAAAACGUCCUGAAGAAUCACGAUGUUUCUGGAGUAAAUAAUGUCUUCUCUUCUCAGUCUACCUGCGCUAGCGAAAGAUUGCAUACCUCCAAUUCAGAUCAGGCCUGUUGUGGAGAAGGGAGCAAUACAGUGAGCAGUUCACCGAUAGUGACUACCAAUAAGGAGGUAGACAAAAAUGGUCAUCGUGAGUCCAUGACCGAUAGACACGCUCUAGGCGUGGAAUAUGACAAAGAGACACAGAACUGUUGUGGGAAUGAUGCCAUUGAUUCCAAUGGAGAUGUAUCCUCACCAACUCGGACAUGGUUGGAUCCAUCAUUACAAUUACAUGUUCCAUUAGUUGAUGUUGAUAAGGUUCGUUGUGUAGUACGGAACAUAGUUAGAGACUGGGCGGCAGAGGGACAGAAAGAACGUGAUCAGUGCUACAAGCCUAUAUUAAAAGAACUUGAUGCACUUUUUGCUAAUCGCUCUAAGGAAAGUCCUCCUGCCUGUUUGGUUCCUGGUGCUGGACUUGGGCGGCUGGCUUUGGAAAUCUCGUGUCUAGGUUUUAUAAGUCAGGGAAAUGAAUUUUCAUACUACAUGAUGAUAUGUUCGAAUUUUAUUCUUAAUCAUUGCCAAACUGCUGGGGAGUGGACAAUAUAUCCUUGGAUCCACAGCAAUUGCAAUUCACUUUCAGAUAGUGACCAACUUCGUCCUGUUCCAGUGCCAGAUAUUCAUCCAGCUAGUGCAGGGAUUACUGAAGGCUUUUCUAUGUGCGGUGGCGACUUUGUUGAGGUUUACAACGAUCCAAGCCAAGUAGGUGUCUGGGAUGCGGUUGUGACCUGUUUCUUUAUUGAUACCGCGCACAACAUUAUUGAAUACAUUGAAAUCAUAUCAAGAAUCUUGAAAGACGGCGGAGUUUGGAUAAAUCUGGGUCCCCUACUUUAUCACUUUGCGGAUGUCUAUGGGCAAGAUGAAAUAUCUAUUGAACUGAGUUUGGAGGAUGUGAAGAGGGUUGCUUUGCACUACGGAUUUCAUUUCGAGAAAGAAAGUACCGUUGAGACAACCUACACUACAAAUCCUAGGUCAAUGAUGCAAAACCGAUACUACGCCGCAUUUUGGACGAUGAGGAAGAGAUCGGCAACAAUGGAGCACCAACCUCCUUUAACCAACUGAGAGACUUUCACGUUCUUGAUGCUUGAAAUAGUUCUUUUUUUUUUUUUUUUAUCGAGUUGAUUGUUAUAUUACUCGAGGAUUACAAAUUCUUAUUUGUUUAAAAUAUUUAAUUUAAACGUGAAAUAAUAUUUUUUAAAUUGAAAAAUAGAAAAUACUUCCAGGAA